AAAAUAGAUUUUCUUUUUUAGGUCGCCAUGACAACAAGCUUAGAUAGAGAUACGGUCCGAGCGGCUUAUGAGGACGUCAGAAGCGACUUAUCCGAUACAGACUGGGCCGUCUUCAAAUUCAACGGUCCCCAAAUAGUAGUCUCCGCUAAGGGUUGUGAUUUUGCAGAGUUUAGGGAACAAUUUGCUGAGAAUGAACGUGCUUUUGGAUAUAUCAGAUUGCAAAUGGGGGAUGAGAUGUCAAAGCGCCGAAAGUUUUUGUUCCUGACGUGGGUCGGACCAGGUGUUGGUGUAAUUAAUAGAGCAAAAAUGUCAACCGACAAAGCUAUGGUGAAAGAUAUAAUUACUAAUUUUGCGGUUGAGCUUCAAGCUGAAAACCAGUCAGAGCUUGAAGUUGAACAAUUCAGAGACGCCCUGAAUCGUGCCGGGGGUGCCAACUAUGGCACAGGAGUGCGCGACAUUUGAAUGUCCUAAUGACACAAAUAAAAAAAAGAUAUUUUUAUAGAAU